AUGAAAAGAAAGUAAACCUAAAAGAUUGAAUUUGAUUAAUCGAUUGUUAAAAGUUAAAAUCUUGAAAUUCCAAUCAGACCAAACUCAGGCAAAUUAGCUCACAUAAUUAAAUCACCUUUACCUCCUAGAAAGGCUACUUUAUCUUAACAUUAAAAUUAUAGGAAAAAUCAAUAAGAACUUCUUUAAUCUCAAGACAUCAAAGUUAUUAAAAUUAGAAGCAUUACACCAAAUCAACAAAAAAUAUUUCAAUAUCAUGUAUAAUUCAUUAUUUUAUGAAAAAGAAUGCUAGUCCUGCUAAAUUGAUAUAAAAAUAACCAAUAACUUAAUCAGAAAAGAAAAUACUUAUAAUUCCAAAAAGACCAGAAAAAUAAUUAUUUAGAAUUACAAAAAAAUUAAAUUCAUCUGCUGAAAGAAAUAAUUCACCAUGCAAAGGAAGAAGCCCAAAUUAAGGUUAUGAUUUAUAUUGGGUAAAUACUGAAUAAACUUAAGAAAUAGAUUAAAAAAAAUAGAAAAAAAAUAAUAUCAGAGAAUAACAUUAUAAAUAGUAAAAGUAAGAAUUUAAAAAAAAUAUACCAAAAUGUGCUUAAGAUUUUUCAAUGACUUCUCAUAAAAAUGAUCUACCUUAAUUAUUAAAAAAUUAUUAAUAAGAAAUAAAAGAAGUCCGUUAAUAAUACAUGCAUGAUAACUCACCUCCAUUAAAUAUGAGUGGUAUCAUAUUAUAUAAAUAAUAGAAAUAAUGGAAAUCAAUGAAGAUGGUCUUUCUUCUUUAGCCCAAAGCACCUAUCAUCAUUAGAUGCAUUGA